GUUACAUCUAAAUACGACCGACAUCAAUCAUGCGGAACUUUAGUUUAAAGUCAGCGUUUUCUCCACGGAGGUAAAAGUGAACGUAAAACAAAGAAAAGUUCGCUCCUUUUUGGCUCCUGCCUUUAUUCCAGCGAUUUCGUUUCAAUUUCUCUCACAAAACACCAAUAUAAAUGCAUAAAACGUGUGUUUUUAAAUAUUUUUAAUUUAAAACUCUUUCGUCGCCAUGGGAGUUCACGGACUGUGGAGGCUGCUGGAGAGCACAGGAAAACCGAUCAACCCCGAGACUUUGGAGGGGAAGAUACUUGCUGUUGACAUCAGCAUAUGGCUGAACCAGGCAGUGAAGGGGGUGCGGGACCGUGAAGGCAACAGCGUCCAGAACGCCCACCUCCUCACCCUGUUCCACCGCAUCUGCAAGCUGUUGUUCUUCCGCAUCAGACCCGUCUUUGUGUUUGAUGGAGACGCGCCUCUGUUGAAGAAGCAGACUCUGGCCCAAAGGCGGCAGAGAAAGGAGGAGUUGACCCGUGAGUCAAAACAGACCAACGAGAAACUUCUUAAGACCUUCCUGAAGAGACAGGCCUUAAAAGCUGCUCUGGGAGAUCACAGUAAAGAUCCUCUUCCAAGCAACUCGAGUGUGAGGCGAGAUGAGGUGGAUGAUCUGUAUGUUUUACCAGCUAUUCCACCAGCGGAGGAUGUGGAAAGAAGCAGGUCAUCUUCUCCCAGUUCAGAAGAGGAGAGUCAGGAAGUGGCAGACAGUUUUCAUGUUUACCAGGAGGAACUGUAUGAAGACCCAAACUCGGUGGAUAUCAACUCUGAGGAGUUUGCCAGUCUGCCUGCUGAGAUGAGACACGAGAUGCUCAAAGAAAUGAGGGAGUUUUCCAAGAGACGACGCACCAUGUUCCACAAACCCCCAGAGCGCUCGGGAGACUUCUCGCAGUACCAGCUGGCCGGCCUGCUGCAGAGGAACCGGCUGAACCUGCGUCUGGAGGGCGUAGAGAAAGAGAUGAACCAGCACAGCGCUGGAAGUGCUCCACAGCUCUGUCAGCAGGACGGAGGUCUCCUCAGUCACAGCGUGGAGGCCAACCGACUGGUUUCUGAGGACCACUCGCACUACAUUCUUAUUAAAGGCUCCAAAAACAAGAACGCCUCAGAGAACAAACCUGCAGCUGCAGCCUGGUCGGGUCUGUCUGUGUCAGGCGUCAGGAAACCAGCAGACAGACCCGAGCCUCUCUGGAGACCCGUCUUAGAGGACGAAGAUGAAGUGCGAGCCACCUGCUCUGGAGACGCCAAACCCCCUCAGCAGCUUCAGAGAGAGGCAACCCCACCUUCUCCUCGGACGCUCAAGGCGAUCCAGGCAGCUAUGAACGACAGCUCAGAUGAAGACGAGGUCCAGCAGAAGGACAGAAGUGUGUCUCCACGCACCAUGAGGGCAAUCCAGCAAGCUUUAACCGAGAAGAAAGAAGACGCGCUAAACGAGAGUCUUCAUCAUCCUGUGCCCCCGGUGGAGAUCAGCAGCUCGGAUGAGGAGACUCGAGCUACCAGUGAAACCUCGGAGUAUAACAGGAACACAGCAGGUCUAAGUCCUCACAUAGAAGACAGUUCAUACAGCAGCAGCUCAGAGGAGGAGUUGGAGGAGGUGAUUGGACAGAGAAACAAAGCGCUUCGGUUUGCGGCGCUCCAUCUGCCUCACGAAACAGAGGCAGAGUCUAAAGAGGAGGAUGGAAAACGACCAGAGAAAGACCUGGAACACAGGGAACAGGACAUCGCUUUGGAGUCCAUCAAACACAGAUCAGCGGUGAAUCAUUAUCAGCAGCCAGACGAUAAAGAUCGUUCUGAGGACAAAACCUCAGAGCUACCAGAGGAGACGAACAAAGACGACAUGAAGCCAGAAAGCAGUGCAGAAAGUGACUCUGAGGAGAGUUUCAUCGAGGUGCCAGAAAAGCUUAAAGUGGAGGAGGCAGUUGUGAAAACAGACGACAUCCGUGCUGAUCUAACGAAGAAGGAAGAAGAAGCAGAGGCGGGUUUGAUGGAGAGUCCUGACCGUCCAGCUGCUGCUGUGGAUGCUGAGGAAGAUGAGGAUGAAGUGGGAGAACCGAAGGAGGAAGCAGACACAGAGGCUGCACCAGCACAGCCUGUGAAUGAAUGGGAACAGCUUGAUAUGGAUGACCUUGAGGCUCUGGAAACCUCCCUGCAGGCGGAGCAGAACAACCUGAAAGAGCAGAAACAGCAGCAGGAGCGGAUGGCCAACACUGUGACGGGCCAGAUGUACCUGGAAAGCCAGGAGCUACUACGACUGUUCGGCGUUCCGUUCCUGGUGGCUCCGAUGGAGGCCGAGGCUCAGUGUGCGGCGCUGGACCGCGCCGACCAAACGCACGGCACCAUCACCGACGACUCGGACGUGUGGCUGUUCGGAGGACGGCACGUUUACAAGAACUUCUUCAGCCAGAACAAAUACGUUGAACACUACCAGUACAGCGACCUGCAGAACCAGCUGGGUCUGGACAGAGCUAAAUUAAUAAACUUGGCGUACCUCCUCGGGAGCGACUACACCGAGGGAGUGCCAGGAGUCGGCUACGUGACCGGAAUGGAGAUCCUGAACGAGUUUCCUGGACCAGGUUUGGAGCCUCUCCUACAGUUUAGUCAGUGGUGGUCACAAGCUCAGGAGAAGAAGCGUCUCACGGGUGACCCCAAAGACACGAAGGUGAAGAAGAAGCUGAGGGCCUUGAAGCUCCAGUCCGGUUUUCCGAACCCCACCGUCGCUCAGGCGUAUUUAGAACCCGCCGUUGAUCCGUCCAGCACCUCCUUCAGUUGGGGGCGCCCCCAACUGGAUGUGAUCAAAGAAUUCUGCUUGAGCCGUUUUGGUUGGAGCAGCAGAAAGACGGAGGAGGUCCUUCAGCCUGUCAUCAAGCAGCUCAACAGCCAGCAGACCCAGCUGCGGAUAGACUCAUUCUUCCGCAUGGAGCAGCAGGAAAAGCAGGUGAUCCAAAGUCAGCGGCUCCGCCGAGCAGUUACCUGCCUGAAAAGAAAAGAGCGAGAAGGGGAAGACAGUAAAGACAGCGAGGAGGAAGAACAAUCCCCUACCAAAUCUAGAAAACCAGAUCAGAACAGACCAGACGGGCAGAGGAGCACGACGACAGCAGCUGGAGGUUUCCUCGGAUCUGAGUUGGUGCUGGAACCUCUUCUCCCCUCCGUCUGCAGCCCCGCCCCUCAGUCCUCAGUGGUAAGGAAUCCUCCUCCAUCAGGAAAGACUCCAUGUGCAGAGCUUCAGAGCAGCAGCUCCGGCGAGGACAGUGACAUAGGUGGGGAAAUGGUCACAGCCAGAUCCGUGUUUGAAGGCAACAAACGCGGCCGUGGAGCGAAAGGGCCGAGAGGAAGAGGAGGAUCCAGAGGAAGAGGAAGAGGGAAGAAGCUGUGAACACCUGAGGUCUAACUUGAAGAAUUAAAGAUCAAAGUCACAAACAAAAUAUUUGAUAUGUAGAUCAGGAAGGAACCUCUUCUGAAGUGAAGUCUAUGAAUUUUGUAAACUGAUUCAAAUACCUCAUUCCUGUUUGGAGUUUUUUAACAAGGACAUUAUUUGUCAUUAAAUAUUGAGUGUCUACCAUGUUUUGGUCCUUUUUACUUCUGCUCAGAGCAUUGAAACCCACUGAUCACUUUUAUUUUUGCAGUUCUAUUAAAGCUCAGAACUGAUUGAAA